AUGGCACUGGGCAUAUCUUCGACGCCCACCGACUCGUCGUCGGGCCGGGGAUCGCCGGUGAGCCCGAUCAGCAGCCCGGUGACGCCGCUGGCCACCCGGCUCGCGCCCAUGCCGCCCAUGGUUCCGAACCCCAUGUUCGGGCUGCCCAUGCUCAACUUCAGCGUGUCGCAGGUGGCCAGCGUGUGCGAGACGCUCGAGGAGAGUGGCGACAUCGAGAGGCUGGCCCGGUUCCUGUGGUCGUUGCCCGUCGCUCACCCCAACAUCGUCGAGCUGAACAAGAGCGAGGCCGUGCUCCGGGCCCGGGCCAUCGUGUCGUUCCACAGCGGCAACUACCGCGACAUGUACACCAUACUCGAACACCACAAGUUCACCAAGGACUCGCACGGAAAGCUGCAGGCCAUGUGGCUGGAAGCCCACUACCAGGAGGCCGAGAAGCUCCGCGGCCGGCCGCUGGGCCCGGUCGACAAGUACCGCGUACGCAAGAAGUUCCCGUUGCCCCGGACCAUAUGGGACGGCGAGCAGAAGACACACUGCUUCAAGGAACGCACCCGGAGCCUGCUCCGCGAGUGGUACCUCCAGGACCCGUACCCAAAUCCUACCAAGAAAAAGGAACUGGCCCAGGCCACCGGACUGACACCCACGCAGGUGGGCAAUUGGUUCAAAAACCGCAGACAACGUGAUAGAGCGGCGGCGGCCAAAAACAGGAUGCAACAGCAGCAGUUCGCCGCACAGUUAGCGCAUUCGGGCGGCCGGCACUUGAACCUCCGGCGGUCCAUGUCACCGGGCGCGGUCAGCACCACCGGGUCCGAAUCGAGCAUCAGCCUGGGCGCCCCGUCGCCCGGCCCGCCGUCCAUGCCACCGCUGCCGCUCCAGUCGCUGCCGCCCCCGCCGCUCCAGCUGACCGGCGACCCGCCCCGCAUCGGCCUCACCAACCCGUCACCGUGCACGUUACCGCAACCGCUGGCGCUGCACAGACCGUUCACGUGA